AUAUGUGCAUAUACUUAGAUCGUAUAGAAAUUUGAUCUAAACGAACGGAUAGAAAUUAGAACAUUUCUAUACAAAAGAAAUAUUCUAGUUCUAUUUAAGGACGUUAUUAAUAACAGACAAAGAUGAACAUAAAAUUCGUAUAUAUUACGAACAUCAUGCAAACUUCUUAUUACGCGCUAUAGUGAUCACGAAUCACGACGACAUCUUCGUAGCGUCUGCCACUUUAUUGUGUUCGUCAUGGCUUCGACGGAAUCCUUGGUAUGCGAGACACUUGAUUUAAGUUGUCAAGGUCUUAAAAAGAUUUCUCGUUGUCCGUCGGAUGCAGAUAUCAGUACAUUGAUCAUAGACGAUAAUGAGCUUCAGCGUCUUGAUAAUCUUGAUUCUUAUCACAGAAUUACCAAGCUUUCAAUAGUAAGAAAUCAAUUAUUACGGAUGUACGGUGUAUCAAAGUUACAUAAUCUUGUAACUCUUAAUUUAGCAAAUAAUGGUAUAUUGACUAUAGAAGGUAUAAAGGAUAUGACAAAUUUACAAACACUUUGUUUAGCUGGUAACAAUAUAAAGUCUAUCGAGCACUUGCAUACAAAUAUCAAACUGGAGCAUUUGGAUUUGUCUGAAAAUAGCAUCAGUCAUAUCUCAGACAUUUCAUACCUACGAAAUUUAAAGGAACUUUUUUUGCACAAUAAUCGCAUAAUAACAUUACGACAAUGCGAACGCUAUUUACCCACUUCCUUAGAAACGUUUACAUUGGCAAAUAAUAAUAUUACAGAUUUGAAUGAAAUGUCACAUUUAACUAAUUUAAAGAAUUUAGUAAACUUUUCAAUUGCUAAUAACCCAUGUGUCGUUAUGACAGGUAACAGUAUUGGGUUCGAUUAUCGUCCAUUUGUUAUCAAUUGGUGUAUGAGCUUGAAAUCAAUUGACGGCUAUCCUGUUGAUCCUAUCGAAAGUUUAAAGGCAGAGUGGCUAUAUUCUCAGGGUCGUGGUAGACAAUUCCGUGUUGGCGAACAUACAAUGCUUGCUCAGUAUUUAGCAUCUGUCUGCCCUCUUUCCGGUGAGUCAUUAGAAAAUGAAACUGACAGGAAGCUUAGGCUGAUUUUGAGUAAAGCACAACAUCAUCAACAACAAUUAAAUCAACAAAGCGAUGCCGGAAGCGUGCACAGCUUAAGUAGCGUCGGAAUGAGUCCUUCUCCAGCCACUAGGCGUAGACUUAGUCAUAACAGGACAAGUUCUCCUAGACGUGCCAUUGCGCCAAUGUUGACAUACUAUGAAGAUAAAUGCUUACAAUCACCAAAAUUUUAUGAAGCAAAGUACUGUGUGUGCCAUUCGCCUUGUAAAGGUUCAUCGAGAAACUCAUUAAGAAUAAGAUCACCAGACAGGAUGAUAGCUAGUUGUCACACUGAUCCUAUGGUUUCCUCGUGCCACACUCUAAUAAAUGACAAUCAUGAAUCGCUAAUGACUCAAAGUUUAGAUCCAAAUAUGCUUUGUAGUACUCUAAACAAUAAAGCUGGGAAUAUGGCUGCUUCGCAAACUAUAGAAGAAACAUCCAGUCCUCUACAAGCUGCAACAAAAUUAGUGCCAGUUCCAGAAUCUUUGAUGAGUCCAGAUUUUCGUCCACCUUCUGGUCUUUCACGAAUUCUACCAAAAACACCACCGAGUAAAUUAACGUCACCAUGUCAAAUUACAAUGCCUAGUAAACCCACGUCCGAUGGAGACGGCAAAGCUAUUCCAAUAAUAAACACAGUAAAUCCAAUGGCAAAAACGAAUCUCAGUUCUGUAAAAGCAAAUGCACUUGUAAAAAGUAAUUCUGCAACAAAUUGCAGUGUUGGAAAACCAAAUAUCGCUAAACCAAUCGUCACAAAUGCUAAUAAGUGUCCUCAUAGUGUGAAAAUUAAUAAUUACGUUCAGAGUAAAACAUUGCCUGUAAAACGAAGUACAAAAAAUUCACCAAAUUUAGGCAGAAACAUACAAAGGGCCAAAAGUGCGAAUGAUAGAAUUAAAAGUGGUGGAAUUAAAAAAAGUGGAGAUGGAGAUGCAGGUAACGCUACUCAAAGUAGCGAUGAAGAUAGUGAAGUGUGCCAAGCAAAAUUGGAUGGUAUACGUCAUAGAGCCAUUCAAAGAAGGCAGGAGGACAAUAAUAAAGAUCAAGAUGAAGCUGAAAAAGCAGCAAUUUGCAUACAAAGGAUGUGGAGAGGCUAUCAUACUAGGAAUCUCAAUAAGAAAGCAACGAAUAUAUUAAAGGCUAUCGAAAUGACCAGGACGAAUAAAUACAUCCAGAAACUUUCCACCGAUAUGGAAGCUACUAGAACAGCUUUGGAAAGUGAACAUAAAUUGCAAUUACUACAAAUGCAAGCAAUUAACGCGUUAUGGAAAAAAGUUGUUAGUCUUCAACCUAGUGGUAAUCGAGAUUCUGCAGGCAACGAUAAUGAAAACAUUACACAAAAUGCAGAUGUCGUGACUAAUUUAGCACAAACAUGUAAUUUGUUACACACUCAGGUUCAACAAUUACAAGACUCUAUGUCAGAGAUAAAACGAUGUAUGUCGAAUAUGCAAUCAAAACCAAUUCUUAUUGAUAAUGGUGUUGCAACUCAAACAGAAAUAUCUGCUGUUCAUACACCAGCAGGUGAAGAAAAUACAUUUCCUUAUGCACGCGCACAUAGACCACAAACAUUGCCUAUUCAUCAAACUAUUCAUGAAGGAAACGAGAAUAGAAGUUUUGCGUCUAAUCUAAUUGACAGCGUGUUAAAAAAAGUCUCCCAAUCUACUGAUACAACUGAUGAUGAAGUCAAUACUGACAUAUUAAAUUCUAAUGAAAAUCCUGAAUUGUUGAAUUCAAAUGAACAUCCUGAUAUGUUCAAAAGUUGUGAAGAAAUUGUUGAAUCCGACUUCAGGGAUGUAAUGGAACACGAUGUUAAAAAUGAAUAUGAUGUAAUCGAAAAUACUGUUAUAAAUGGUGAAGUUUGCGAGGAAACAUUAUGUAAAGAGUUACAUCACUUAAUUGAAACAGAAAUUACGACAGAAAACUGUAAAAAUGUUGAAAAAGAAGAUAGUUCAGAAGAAGUUGACAGAGAAGAACUUUAAUCUGAGAAAACGCAGAGCAAAUAGUAAGGAAGAGAUCGAAGGUGCAAAGUUAUAAGCUAUGAAUAGAAAUUAUGAAAAAGAAAUGGGAAUUCCAGCGAAUAGUGUCCAACAUACGGCUGAAAUUAAUACAUGUAACUAAAAAUGCUCACUGUACAUAAGUUCAAAAAGUAGUCUUAAUUGUAUUGGGAUAACAAAGUUUUAUCAUUUUAGUCGCACAAUAUUUCCUACAAUUUAUAACAAAGGGAAAUUGGAUACUUUCAUCAAAAUUUGAAAACUUGUUACAACAUAAAGUUUAAAAAAAAACACACACACACAAGUACCAAUAACAUAAUAUUAACAAACAGUGUUGAUAAACAAUUUUAUCAUACAUUGCCGUGCAUUGUGGUUAUUGAAGCAAUUUAAAAAUUUUUCCGUCCACAUAUCUGGCUUCUGAAAAUUUCAUCAAUGCACAAACUGUGUAUUAAUAACGUUGUAUAUCGUACAAAGCUUUGCCCCUUCUUAAAACCAACACAAUGUUGUACAGAAUGAACUAUGUGUUUGACACCGUGAAUUCCAAUGCCGUUUGUCGAUUCUCAGAUUGAAAUAGUUAUAGAAGCAUAGAGAGAACUUUGAUAUGUAAACUUAUUCCUUAUUAAAUGCAGAAGAAUUUUUCGUUUUGCUAAGAAAUUGCCUGAAUAAUAUUAAAUAGGUAAUGAUUAUUUUUAUGUAUUUAUUUAUUUAUUUAUUAUUAAAAAACGUGAGCUCUAGUGAAAAUUAAUAUUACUGUCGAAGGUGUUCGAUAAUGGAAACAUUCUUAAUCUAGUCAUUGCGAUAACUUGUAUGCUUGUAACCACUGUAGAUAACUGAAUUUGUUACAUAGGUAUACAGUGUUAUUAAAACAAGAAAACUUAAACCUUUCAACAAAACCGGAUGAUUAAAGUGUUAAAAUAAAGCGUGAGUUUUUAAUUAUA